AUGAACAAGAUAGGAACUAAUAUGAGCAUGAAGUUUGAGAAGUAUUGGUCAGAGUACAGUUUAAUUCUUGCAAUUGCAAUUAUCUUGGAUCCUCGUUAUAAGUUGCAUUUUGUAGAGUGGGCUUAUACUAAGCUUCAUGGUAAGGAUUCUCGAGAAUUCAAGGGUGUUACAGACACAUUGAAUUCCCUUUUUCAUGUGUACACGGAAACUUUAUCUCCUCUUCUUAAUGCAAGUUUUCCAACGAAUGAGACAACUAGUCACAAUGAAGGUGGAGACACCAUUCUUGAGGUAAAUUGA